AUGUGGUGGCUGGUUCCUGUUCUGAUAUUCACUUCAACUCUGUGCGUAUGCCACGGAUCCGAGCCGUUGCCGGAGGAGGGGUUGCGAACAGUGAGUUGUGGCUGAUUUCACACACUUUUUUUAGGAAAAACUGAUUGAGCUUUGGGGAUAUCCGGUGGAAAAGCACUGGGUGAAAACCGAGGACGGUUACAUUAUUGAGAUCCAGCGGAUUCCGCAUGGAAAAAGUGAGUCGAUAACUGCUAUCGGCCGAAAAUGAUGUCCUUUCCAGAUGACAAGUCGUUGAGGAAGGAUCGACCUGCCAUUUUGUUAUUUCACGGCCUUCUGGAGUCGAGUGCUUCUUAUGUCUUCAAUCUGCCUCAUCAAUCGCCAGGUUUGUUCGUAAAACUUCAGCCAAAAUUGUUCUAGGCUUCGUCUUUGCCGACAAUGGAUUUGACGUUUGGCUGGGCAAUGUGCGAGGCAACACCUACGGAAAGAACCAUACAACCUUGUCCGUGAAAGACUCGGAAUUUUGGCAAUUCAGGUAAGAUUUCUUGAAUUUUUACGUCAUCAAAAAAAAACACAUUUUCUCUGCAAGACCGAUGUGUUUAGUUGGCCAGACCACGCCCACAAAGACCUGCCUGCAAUUUUUGACAAGGUUACGGAGGUCACCGGACAAAAACAAAUCUACUACGUCGCGCACAGCCAGGCAAACCUCAUCCUCUUUGCCCAUCUGUCCGAAUGCCCAGAAUUCGCCAACAGAAUUCGAAGACACUUUGCGCUGGCUCCAGUUUACACGGUGAAACAUAUCAAAGGUCUGCUUCAAAUCAUGGCAAGAACCGUCUAUCCAAAUUUCAAGGUGAGACUUGCCAAAGGCGAUGAAAAUUCGGAUAUCUUCUAGUUCGCCAAGAAGCUUCUCGGAGAUCAUGAAUUUAUGGCGAACAACGUGUUUUUCAAGAAAUUCUCUCAUUACAUUUGCGACACCACACUUGGACAAGCGGUGAUUUGCGACUCGUUGAUUGGAAUGGUCGCCGGGCCCAAUUCCAAGCAGCUGAACCACACUCGGCUCUCCGUUUACACCAGCCACACCCCGGACGGGACCUCUUCGCAAAACUUUUUGCAUUGGCUGCAAACCGUUUACCGAGGGGUUAUGGAGCGAUACGACUAUAGAGAUGUCAAUACGAAUGUGAAACAUUACAAUCAAGUAAGUUGAUGAUGUCAAACGACUUACAGUGGAGGACCUGAUCCAGUGGCAAAAAAACAUACCAUUUUGCAUGCCGAAAGUAUCAAAAAUGUGGCAAAAUACCUCCAUUUCCAAUUUUAAAGACUCGGCUCUUUUUGUGAGAGAACAGGCGACCUCUUCAAAACGGAGUUUUUUCACUUGGAGAGGGAGGUAUUUUGCUGCAUUUUUGAUACUCCCCGGAUGCGAAAUGGAACGUUUUUUUGCCACUGGAUUCGGUCCUCUACUGUACAUUGCUAGACGGAAAAAUUCUUGAAACUUUGCUUAUGGACUUCUUUAUUUUAUAGAAAAGCCCUCCGCGUUACGAUAUCUCAAAGAUUAGCGGCCUAAAGACACACAUGUUCUCCAGCAAGGCUGAUUGGCUGGCUGAUCCAGCAGAUACGGAGAAUUUGCUCAAAACACUACCACAGGGAGUCAUACUGGUAAACAAUGCGUUAUAUUGUAUUCAUACAUACAUACCAUGGAUAUAUUGACCUUUAUUUUUCAGUCCCACACAAUUUUCGAGCACUUCUCGCACGUGGACUUCCUUUGGGGCCAGAAUGUAACGCAAGACAUCACGUUGCCAAUAAUCAAUCUGAUCGAACGUCUGGACGGUGUAAAAUUGCAAUGA